AUGCCUAUGCAGUGGACACUCGCCAACGAGCGUUUGCUCUUUCUUCGCAUCCUUGAAUUGUCAAACACCACCGUCGACUACAGAAAAGUGUCUGAAACGUGGCCAAAUGAGGACGAAAGACCAACUGCCCGCGCUGUCUCAGAGCACAUCUUCAAAUUGAAAAAGCUUGCAAAGUCUGGGUCCGCAGGUAGUUCCACCGCGGUCUCAACCCCAAAGACCCCUCGAACCAAGACCAUCACUCCCCGUGCGAGUGGUGGGACUCGUGCGAGCGCCGGUGGCUCGACCGCUAAGUCUAAGCGCAAGCGUAAUGCAGCAGCGGAUGCUUCCGAUUCCGACAACGAGUUCAAACCGGUGAACAGCGUCCGAUUCAAGCGAGAAGAGGAUAUCGACGAUCUCGGUCCGUUGCCUGAAGACACGCCUAGCAAACGGGCCAGGAAGCCUACCCAGCACCUGAAUAUGACAGAGUAUGCGGAAAGUGGCACCGAGACGGAUGAGGACGACAAAGGUUCAAAUCGAUUCAGCUCGGUUGAUCCCGAGUACGCUCCUGUUCCAGAAGAGGAUACCUUUGAGAUUCCUGGUAUCUACGAGUAA